AUGACUACGCUCAAUCUUCAUCACAUUUUUAAACCUCUUCCGUUCAUUGUUUCUUCCAACAACACCGACAGAACUCUACCAGCUUUACCCAACGUCCCUUCCAUCAACACCAACACAACUCUACCAAUUUUACCCAGAAUUCCUUCCAUCGACACCAACAUAACUCUACCAGCUCUACGCAGCAAUCAUCUCAUCAACAGAGCUCUGCCACCUCCUUCAUUCACUCGAUUUCCCACACCAUCCAACACUACACAGUUUCAUACCCGCAAGCAUCACCUGUUUGAACCUACAAAACAUAUGUGCCAACAAUGCAGCAAGGUUUUUCAAACCUCUCGACAUCUGAGGAAACACGCAGUAAUACACCAAAAUCAUCGUUCAAAGAACUACAAGUGUCAACUUUGCAGUAAACAUUAUUAUACAAAACACGGGUUAAGUAAUCACCAGGCAAUGCGCCCAGAUUGUGCAUCGUUGGAACACAUAUGUAGUUGGUGCGGGAAGGGCUUUGCUGCAUUUAAAAGUUUCAACAGGCACGAAUUAGCACACCAAAUCUAUGCAUCAGAGAAAUACAAGUGCAACUUUUGCGGGACGCCUUUCAAGGCAAGUUCUGAACUGAUUCGCCACACAUGCUAUGCAAUACCACCAACCGCCAUCAACAAGAAGAAAUUUUCUUGCGAUUUAUGUUACAUGUCUACAAACCACCAGCACGCUUUGUCCAGACAUGAACUGACUUCAUGCCCUGCGCGUAUAAACAAGGAUUUCCAAUUGAAAAUGUGA